AUGGUUAAGAGAGCCAAGAGAUUCAGGGGACGGCGUUCUCCAGAGCCUCUGAUUAUUGUGUCUGUCCAUCAUAUCCUGAGACCUGUGAUUAUUGUGUCUGUCCAUCAUAUCCUGAGACCUGUGAUUAUUGUGUCUCUCCAUCAUAUCCUGAGACCUGUGAUUAUUGUGUCUCUCCAUCAUAUCCUGAGACCUGUGAUCAUUGUGUCUCUCCAUCAUAUCCUGAGACCUGUGAUUAUUGUGUCUCUCCAUCAUAUCCUGGGACCUGUGAUUAUUGUGUCUCUCCAUCAUAUCCUGAGACCUGUGAUCAUUGUGUCUCUCCAUCAUAUCCUGGGACCUGUGAUCAUUGUGUCUCUCCAUCAUAUCCUGAGACCUAUGAUUAUUGUGUCUCUCCAUCAUAUCCUGAGACCUGUGAUCAUUGUGUCUCUCCAUCAUAUCCUGGGACCUGUGAUCAUUGUGUCUCUCCAUCAUAUCCUGGGACCUGUGAUCAUUGUGUCUCUCCAUCAUAUCCUGAGACUUCUGAUCAUGUCUCUCCAUCAUGUCCUGGGACCUGUGAUAAUUGUGUCCGUCCAUCAUCUCCUGAGACCUGUGAUUAUUAUGUCUCUCCAUCAUAUCCUGGGACCUGUGAUUAUUGUGUCUCUCCAUCAUGUCCUGGGACUUGUGAUUAUUGUGUCUCUCCAUCAUAUCCUGGGAACUGUGAUUAUUGUAUCUCUCCAUCAUAUCCUGGGACCUGUGAUCAUUGUGUCUCUCCAUCAUAUCCUGAGACCUGUGAUUAUUGUGUCUCUCCAUCAUAUCCUGAGACCUGUGAUUAUUGUGUCUCUCCAUCAUAUCCUGGGACCUGUGAUUAUUGUGUCUCUCCAUCAUAUCCUGGGACCUGUGAUUAUUGUGUCUCUCCAUCAUAUCCUGGGACCUGUGAUUAUUGUGUCUCUCCAUCAUAUCCUGGGACCUGUGAUUAUUGUGUCUCUCCAUCAUAUCCUGGGACCUGUGAUUAUUGUGUCUCUCCAUCAUAUCCUGGGACCUGUGAUUAUUGUGUCUCUCCAUCAUAUCCUGGGACCUGUGAUUAUUGUGUCUCUCCAUCAUAUCCUGGGACCUGUGAUUAUUGUGUCUCUCCAUCAUAUCCUGAGACCUGUGAUUAUUGUGUCUCUCCAUCAUAUCCUGGGACCUGUGAUUAUUGUGUCUCUCCAUCAUAUCCUGGGACCUGUGAUUAUUGUGUCUCUCCAUCAUAUCCUGGGACCUGUGAUCAUUGUGUCUCUCCAUCAUAUCCUGAGACCUGUGAUUAUUGUGUCUCUCCAUCAUAUCCUGGGACCUGUGAUUAUUGUGUCUCUCCAUCAUAUCCUGGGACCUGUGAUUAUUGUGUCUCUCCAUCAUAUCCUGGGACCUGUGAUCAUUGUGUCUCUCCAUCAUAUCCUGGGACCUGUGAUUAUUAUGUCUCUCCAUCAUAUCCUGAGACCUGUGAAAAUUGUGUCCGUCCAUCAUCUCCUGAGACCUGUGAUUAUUGUGUCUCUCCAUCAUAUCCUGAGACCUGUGAUUAUUGUGUCUGUCCAUCAUACCCUGAGACCUUUGAUUAUUAUGUCUCUCCAUCAUAUCCUGAGACCUGUGAUUAUUGUGUCUCUCCAUCAUAUCCUGGGACCUGUGAUUAUUGUGUCUCUCCAUCAUAUCCUGGGACCUGUGAUUAUUGUGUCUCUCCAUCAUAUCCUGAGACCUGUGAUUAUUGUGUCUCUCCAUCAUAUCCUGGGACCUGUGAUUAUUGUGUCUCUCCAUCAUAUCCUGGGACCUGUGAUUAUUGUGUCUCUCCAUCAUAUCCUGGGACCUGUGAUCAUUGUGUCUGUCCAUCAUACCCUGAGACCUUUGAUUAUUAUGUCUCUCCAUCAUAUCCUGAGACCUGUGAUAAUUGUGUCUGUCCAUCAUAUCCUGAGACCUAUGAAUAUUGUGUCUGUCCAUCAUAUCCUGAGACCUUUGAUUAUUGCCUUUGUCUGUCAUAUCCUGAGAUCCUUGAUUAUUGUCUCUGUCCAUCAUAUCCAUCAGAAGCACGCCAUUUCUAGCGUUCCAGAUAGGAACGUUUAUUUACAUGGAAUCAAUUGCAGUGCAUGA